GCCUAAGCUCAGCUCAGCUAAGCUAAGCUAAGGUAAAUUCUGCUCAAUCUAACGAAGGGAAGGGGGAGUCAGAAGCCAAUGUAUGCCAAGUACCUCAGCAACGAAAGGGCGUACGGAGGAACGGAGAAGGCAGGCUAUGCAGGGAAGAAAGGACGAGGCUGAGCGUGUGUGCGGGUAGGCGGCUUAAGUCGACAGCUUAAGCACGUAGUUGAUCGGAAGGUGGUGAAGUCGGAAGGUUUAAGGAGAGGAGAGAGGGGGAAGAGAAGGGGAGAUCGGAGGGAUCGAUGCAUUUGUGAAUCUUGCCGAUAGAUUGGGGGGAGGUUGUCAUUCGAUUGUCAUUCGAUGAGCCGUAUGAAUUAGAGGGGGCUAUCGUUGGAUCCUUGCUGUGAGGGGUAUCGGUUGUUGUCAGCUAAGCAUCGUUGGAUCCUGUUUGGCGGCGGAAUUCAGUGGCUGCGAUCACACGCCUCGCCUUUCGUCUUUACCUCUGCAACUGUUUUGUUCUUGAUUGGAGGGUCGCUGAUUCACAGCGGGCGAUUGAUUUUGGAGGCCCGGGAGGGAGGAGAAGGGGGGAGAGAGAGAGAGAAGAGAGAGAGAGAGAGAGAGAGAGAGAGAGAGAGAGAGAGAGAGAGAGAGAGAGAGAGAGAGAGAGAGAGAGAUGCAUCUGUGUAAUGAGUGGUUGCCGCCGGUUCUUGUGGAGUCUGUGGAAAGAUUGGAACCUGCGCGCUUUGCUCUGCUGGCAAAGAGUCUCGUGGAGACGUGGGAGCGUGCACGGCAGCGAUACCGGGAGGCAGAUGACUCAACGGACAGCGAGGUUGGUAUCUAUGGAGCAGGAAGAGGAAGGCGCAGUGCUGUGACGACGAUUAAGUGGAUAUCCGUCAUCAACAGCUUCUUGAACACGAAGACAGAGUUCGCUAUAUCGGACGUGGAGAGUGUGUGCAAUGUAGCUCUGGAUGUUGUGAUUCAUACGGAAGACCUCUUCACUCAGUUGAGGUGGGCCCAGACCCUCGUGAGGAUCUUGGCAAAGUACAAGCACAAACUAAGGAUUACUAUACCAUGGAGAGUCCUAUACAAAAUCAUCCAAACUGUACACAGUCAAAGGCGGCAAUCCUAUGGGGGAACUGCACUUCUUCAAAUCCAUCUUGCUGUUUUCUCCACCCUUAUUCACCGGGCUAGGAGGUUCUUUCCUCUCGGGUCUGCACAUGAAAUUUGGGAGGAGUUCAGGCCAGGAUUUUCAGAUCUUGAUCACAAUGAUGCCAUGGAAGCUGUUGGUUAUCUUGCACUCUUCAUGCCUACUUGCAGGGCUAAGCAGCUCGGUGAACGAUGGGAUGAAUCUGGUAAAUGGAGCUUAUGGGUCGAGGAGUGGAUGGAAUUGUGGAGUGCAGUUCCUCGCUGCAACUACUGGGGUCUGAAAUGGCUCUCUCUUCUAACAAGAUGCAUGAAGCACCUCCCAAGCCAUGCUGUUAACUGGGAGCCUCAUGUUCCCAGCCUUUUUGCUCUUUUCCUGAAUGCUUUUGAGGUUCCUGUUGGGAAAUGUCAAGCACAGUCGCCCAUUCAUAGGGGAGCUCCCAGCGAAGCAAUGCGAAUGUUUUGGCCAAACCAAAGUGGCGUACUGUCGAAGAUAAUUACAAAAGCAAUUGUUCUAUUGCUUGGACCCGGAAGCAGUGCUCAGGAGCGGUUUGACACCCUUGUGAACUUCUUGGAGCAGUAUUAUCACCCAUCUAAUGGGGGUUCAUGGACAAGCUCCCUGGAGCGUUUACUUCGGUACUUGGUAUAUUACUUUCACAAACGGCUUGCAUAUGAGCACAGGGGUGAGUGGAGUGAGGCUGCCGGUUACAGACCACCACUGGGUAAAGCUGAGAGGAAGGCCUUUGUGACUGCAGUCUUGAAGUUUGUUGCACGCGCACAGUUUUCCAAAAGCGGGACAAUGGCAGGGACUGCUGCUAAUUGUGUGCGCCAGCUGGCAUACGUGGAGCCAGAGAUCGUCCUUCCUUUUGCAUUGAGUCGGUUUGAGACGGCAAUGGAAACGGUCACGGCCACUCAUCAGUUGGUGUCAGCGAUAACAACCAUUGCUCUCUCUGUAAGGGCAAUCUUGCUUGCAUCAUCCCCGGACAGAAUGGAGAGACAAGAUGAAUAUGCAAUUGAUUUUGAUAAGGAGUCGACAAUGGAUGAUGGCGAACAAGGUCAGCUGAAUGGAGAGUAUGGGGUGUCACUAGCUCUAGGCAGAGAACUGAUCGCUGAAGCAAUGCUGAGAACUCUGCCUGGAAUAGAUGCAAAUGACCCGCCGAAGACGGUAGCAACAUUACAGUUCUACUAUUCGGUCUUCUCAAGUAUUGGAUGCAUCGGGGAAGAGGACAGUGGGAAGGGUGUUGUUAUUCCUUUGGAUUGGUCGGUAUGGCUGGAGGAGUUCCUUAGCCGAAUGCUUACACUGCUGAUGCAUCUGGAACCUGAUCCGGAGUCGAGUAAUGAAUCAUCAACGUUCUUGAUUCAAGGGGGUUCACCUUUUCGGCAAACUAUGGAGCUUCUGUUCGGCCUUCUCUCGCCAGCUCUCUACCGCCAGGGAUUGAGGAAGGUGACCAAGUUUAUCCAGACAAGUGUUCUUCCUGGUGCAGCCUCAGAGAUCGGAAUACUCUGCCUGAAUGUAACAAAUGCCAAUCCAGUGGAAGCAUCACGUGCACUUCUUCCUCCAAUCAUAGAAUCUAUCUUAAGUCUGCUAGAGGGCACCCCGCGUACGGGUGGCAGUGGAGGCCUGGCUCCAGAUGGAAAGAAGCUAGAGAAGUGGCCAAUAAUCUCGGAUGCUCUGGAGACAUCUGUCACCUACUAUCUCAAUGUUAUUUGCACUAUCAUUACUUUUGGUGGACAAGCACUCCUUCCAUACAAGGAACAACUACUGCAAGUCAUUGCGGCGGCAUUUGAUGCACCCUCGAACAAGAUUUGUGGUGGGGGAAAAUGGGUGUUAAGCUCUCUGCUUGGGAGUUUGAUCCAUUACUUUCCUCUUGAUGAGGUCAAAGAAAGGGUAUCGUUACAAGGCGCCAGUGGCGUGGACCGUUGGAUUGGGACAAAAGGAAAUAAAAGGCCACCUCCGGGGAUGAAGUUAAAAUGGCAUAUCCCCUGCCCUGAAGAGGUUGGGUUCGCCAAUGAGCUUCUUGACCUGCAUCUGAAGGGUGCACUUGCAGAUUUGGUGAAGCUUUGCUCAGAUGAUGGCACUGGUAUUGAGAAAGACGGGACUGGAGAAGGACGCAGCAAGAAUGGUAACGGAAAUGUGGAGCGGGAAUACUUCCGAGUUGUGCUACUUCGGCUAGAUGCUGCUUUAUGGGGGACGUGGACAUGCUUGCCUGACUUCAGCCACGCUAACACUGUCAAAGAUGAAGAGAGCGUUGAGCUGCUAUCUGUUGUCGGGUCCAUUGGCGUCCGAGUAGGGACUCCGUCCCUAAGAGAGGAAACUGCUCAGGUUCUUCACAUGGCAUGCGAGUACAUGAUGAAGGAGAGGGCUGAUGACACUACAAACAUGACUCUGCUGUUGAGAAUUAUUGACUCUGUCGCAAACUAUGGUGCUGGAGAGUAUGGAGAGUGGGCACAUGCAAAGCAUGCUUGGGCUCAUGAUGCUCGGAAUCUGACAGAGCCAAGAGUGAACUUCAUGAGUGAUAAUGAUGGUUAUGGGAAGUCAAGCUCAGCAAGACGUCCAUUGGAAAGAAUACUUAAGCGCUACCCUUCCUUGAUUGAUUAUUGCCUUCCCACACUGAAUGAGAGCCUUUUGUCGACAGCGGAGACAGACGAGGCAGCAAUGGGUGCUUGUGCUUUGUACGCCUCUCGGCCCAUCAUGAGACGUGUCACACAGGACUGGCACUCUAUGUCACAGUUUAUCGUGGCCUUGCUUGGCAGUGCUCAUCAUGAGACGGUGAAGGCUCAAGGUUCCAUUGGUGAGCUGUUCAUGUUCUUUGUUCUGCGAUACGGGGGAGUACCUGGCCGUCCAUGGCACAAAAGAUCCAGUGAUGGAAAGUCUGACCUUGUGAGUUACAGGGAGUUGGUUGGCAAAGUCCGUGACAUGGUUUCACACGCGCCGGAAACCGUACACUGGCGGUAUACAUUGAUGGCUAAUACCACACUCAUGCUUUUAGUGGCCCCUGAGUACACAGCGUCCCAGGUUGGAGGCCAGGAGCUGCGCAGAGAGCUGGCAGAUCAUUUUUUAUCAAGCUUGGCCAGCGAUUUGCCUCCCUUGCGGCCACUGGCUGUCAUUGCUCUUCUAGUGCUGAUUCAGAAAUCUCCAGCAGAUCAAUCUCCACCCAUGAGGCUUUCAACGUCUGAUCCCUCUGGCAAGCCUUGGAAUAUCUCAAUUCAGGAGGAGGAGCAUAAGGGUCACCAGCUGCCUGACAUGGAAGGUGGAGAAGUAGCAUCAUCACACGGCGGAGCACAGCUCCAUCGCCAGCAACUGUGUGAAACGCUCAUUAAGGUGAUCCAACGGGAGGGCUUUCCAGGUACUAUGUUGAGCAAUUUGGCCCUCGAUCAUCACUUGGCUGAGGGUGCUGCUGGCGCCGGUGACAGAAGUACUGGCCAAGCACGCACAUCGCGGGCUGCUGACCCUGGAGCUUCAUUAUUAAGAGCCCUUGGCAUCUGGACUUUGGUUAUGGAAUGGCCCCGGAGUAAAAACAGGGAUUCCUUACAUGUUGGGACUGUGUUUUCGCUGCCGACCGCAGAGUUUUGGGAGCGUCUGAUGGACAUGUUUGCCGAUUUCAGCAGUGCAGUGGGACAGGAUGAGGUGCUGCUCAACGCCAUACGCGAACCUCUAGAGGCCGCGAUCGCCACGGUCGAUGAUCGACAAAAGCAAUGCAUGGCUGCAGAGGUGGUGGCCGGCCUGCUGCACAGUGGUGGACCUGCGGUUGUUCGAGCCUGGGGCUCUUGGCUCCGCUCAACUGUUACACAGGCGCUCCAGCAAUGCACCGUCGAGCUGAUGAGUGAGUGGGCUGCAUGUGUCAGGUAUAUCGCCACUGGGAAGGGUCAGUGUGGGUUGACCCCACCGAAACUGAGGCGGGAACUGGUUGUGUGUUUAAUGGAGCCUGUACCAGCGUCCGCAGGAUCGGGACAGAUUGUAAAGAGAUUGGGACUUCUUGGUGCCUGCCUUGGUGAGAUGAUGGUCCCUCCAGCAGAUGAAAGUGAAGAUGAUUUUGAUGUUGCUCUGAAGAAUGCCUUGCUUGACGAACUCCAAGAAAUGAUGAAUAACUCAGCGAGGCAGGUGCGUGAAGCUGUUGGAAAGCUCCUGUCAAUGCUUUGCGGAAAACUCUUGAAGAAGCAGUUGAAGGCUGGUAACAAGGACGAGGAGGCUUUGGUCGCCAAAGUCAAUGCCUUUUGCAAGUUUCUAGUAGCUAGGGCUUCUGCCUUGGCUGUUAAAAUACAAGCACUGGGUAAUCGCCGGAUGACUUCAGGACCAGGUACCUCGCGAUUGGGAACGACCGAUGUGGUCGAUGAAGACAUGGGGAUGGGGAGUUCUUCCGAAGAUGGGGAUGGUCAAGAAGCAUUCCGAUGGAUGGAAACGGUGAGAGCAUUUAAAUUACAUGCAGUAAUUGAUUAUAAACACACUUUUGUGCUAGAGAAGAAUGACUUGGACUCCUUAAGAGCAAUGGUGCUCACCCUUCUGUCUGACCCACAGUUAGAGGUCAGGGAGAUAGCAGCAUCAACACUUGCAGGGUUACUGAAGGGUGCUGAUGAUGACUGGCCAGCAUCUGUUCGCAGCCGCUGCAUAGAAGCUACUUCGGCCUCACAAGCAGCAGCCAAAGGAGCCAAGAAAAUCAGGAUGCAAUCGACGACGAUCACUACAUUGCCAGCCACUGGACCAGGAUCUGUUCCCGCAAAGCAUGGGCCUGUUCUUGGGCUGUCUGCGUGUGUCCUAUCUUCACCCUACGAUCUGCCAAGGUGGCUGCCAGAGGUUCUGAUGGUCCUAGCACGAUCAUCUCAUGAGAAGGGACCGAUUGGCAACACAGUAAUGCGGACAUUUGGAGAGUUCAAACGCACCCAUGCCGACACGUGGAUGGUCCAUGGGAAAAGCUUCAGCGAGGAACAAUUGGAGGUGCUCGGGAAUUUGACAGUCUCGCCAUCCUACUUCGUCUAGACGAGGACCGAGUGAACUUGCUUAUACAACGCGAUCAGGAUCGGGGUUUUCUUUGGCCAGCAGAGCAGCUGCUUGGAAGACCAGGAUGGCAUACCCCCCAACCCCACCCCCCCCACAAAAAAAAACCCUUAUUUUGUCAAUCUGCUGUGUUGACUCUACUUCACACCUAACCCAGGCCCCUUGGUCUUCCAGAACCGGGGUACGACCUCUCGUCUCUGAUUGGUUAUGUCCCAUUUGAGUGACCUGCGAGCUUUAGAUAACCUAACAUGAUCCUUGGGCUUUGGCACGGUGUGCGUUUCGCUAUGUUGUGCGUAUAUGGGAGGUAUGUAUUGAAUAUGGAUGUUGACGUGCAGAAUCUGACUUGGGGCCGUACAAGAAGAAGGGCAGGUUCGAUGAUCACACUGGCAACGGACGAUUAAUGUUUGGCUGGCAAAGUUCUCCAGGCCAGUGAUGCAGGCAAACAACUUGAUAUAAAGUAAGUUACUGAGGUAACAAUUUGAUAUAAAGUAAGUUACUGAGGUAACAAUUUGAUAUAAAGUAUAAAGUAAGUUACUGAGGUAACAAUUUGAUAUAAAGUAAAUUUGAUACAAAGUA